ACACCCCCACCCCCCCUCCUCCAAAAAAAAAAUUAUAUAACUUAAGCUUCUCUUGUAAUGGAAAAAGAUGACGUUAACAACGUUCGAAGGUCCAUCGACAAUAACAAUUCUAUUAAUGUCAGUCGUCGGUCAGCACACUAUCAACCUAAUCAAUGGGACUACAAUACCAUCCAAACCAUAACAAACAAUUUUAUGGAGGAGGCAUAUGGCCUUUCGGCUAAGGAGUUGAAGGAAGAGGUUAGGGCUUUGUUGACAGAAACUGACCCAGUAGUUCAAGUCAAGCUCAUUGAUUCCAUCGAAAGGCUCGGAUUGGGCUAUCAUUUUGUGGAGGAGAUUGAACGACUCUUGAAUAAUAUGCUUAUAAGUGGUUAUCACAAAGUGGUGCAAAAAGAUGGCUUGCAUGUUACUGCUGUCCUUUUUAGGCUUUUCAGACAAUGUGGCUUCAUGAUUUCGCAAGAUAUUUUUGACCACUUUAAGGACGUCAACGGUAGCUUCAAGGCAAGCCUUUCACAUGAUGCAAAAGGAUUGUUGAGUUUAUAUCAAGCUUCUUAUCUGUCUUUUAAAGAGGAGAUCACAAUGGACGCAGCAAGAGCUUUUGCAGUCACUCAUCUAAAGACGCUGGAUGCAUCCAAAUUGAGAUUUGCAAAGGAAAUUGCAGAUGUAAUGGAGCUCCCAUCACACUGGAGACCGACAAGGCUAGAAGCUAGAAGGUACAUAGAUACUUACGAGAAGGAAGAAGACACAAAUUCUGCGUUGCUUUUGUUUGCUAAGCUAGAUUUCAACAUGGUUCAAAAUGUACAUCAAAGGGAACUUGCAAAGGUUACAAGUUGGUGGAUGGGUCUCUCUCUUGGAAAGACGUUGGAGUUUGCUAGAGAUCGAACACUAGAGUGCUUCUUUGUAGUGAUUAUAAUAGUAUUUCAGCCUCACUUUGGAUAUUCCCGCGAGGGGCUUACAAAAGUUAUAACUCUUAUGGUACUUUUGGAUGAUGUUUAUGAUGUCUACGGAUCCUUGGAUGAGCUCGAACUCUUUACACGUGCUGUUGAAAGAUGGGAAGUCGAGGAGUUGGAAAAUCUUCCAGAAUGUAUGAAGAUAUGUUUCACAAAUAUUAGCAAUCUUGUGGGUGAAAUGACUGUCGAUUUUCAAAAAAGUAAUGGAUUGACUAUUCUACCUUAUCUGAGAAAAGCGUGGACAGAUAUAUGCAAAGCAUUCUUGGUGGAGGCAAAAUGGCAAAAUGAUAAUUAUGUGCCAACAUUUGAAGAGUACAUCAACAAUGGUUGGAUGUCAGUUUCCGGGCCUCUCAUAUUGUUACAUACUUUCCCCCUCAUGGGACAAGAAAUAACAGUGAAAGCAUUAGAACACUUGGAGAAUUAUCCUAAAAUCAUUCGUUUAGCAUCAAAAAUUUUCCGACUUUAUAAUGAUUUAGCAACUUCAACGGCAGAGCUAGAGAGAGGCGAUUCAGUAUCAUCUAUACAAUGUUACAUGAGAGAAAGUGGUGAUUCAGAAGUUGAAGCUCGCAAACAUAUAUCGAGUCUCAUUUUCGAGACAUGGAAAGAGUUGAAUGAAGAAGCUAUACUAUGUUCUUCCUUGCCUCGAUUUUUUAUAGAAGCGUGUGUAAAUCUAGGACGAAUGGCAAUUUGCCUAUAUCAACAUGGAGAUGGUUUUGGCAUUCCAACUCAUGACACCAAGGCCCACAUAACAUCAUUGCUCAUGAAGCCCAUUAGCUUACAGAGCAAGGAAUUACAGACUCCCAUCAAUAAUGUGGUUGCUAAAUAGGACUGCAUGCAUGGUUACCCUUAUAAUAAAUGUUGUAUGGACAUAUUUGUAAGAUGUUAUUUUCAUGCAUGGUUACCCCUAUAAUAAAUGUCGUAUGGACAUAUUUAUAAGAUGUUAUUUUCACGCAUGGUCACCCUUAUAAUAAAUGUUGUGUGGACAUAUUUGUAAGAUAUUAUUUUCAGAUAUGAAAAUAGCCAGGAUGCGGGCAUUGUGUAA